GAAAGAUGGAGCAUGGCCUUCCACCAACGCCGUCGUCGGCGCCCCCGGUCAGACGGCGAGGGGCACUGACAUCGCCACUGGCAACCCCGCAGACACCGUGACUUCGAGCAGGAGCAGAGAGGAGGUAACCGAGAACGCCGGCGGCGACAGCGGGCAGACCUCGGCACGGCAAGCGGCGCUGCCAUCACGGCUGGAGCGGAAGGAGGACAGGCACAGGCACAGGAGAGCCGUGAAGCACAGGCACCCAAGGCGGCGGAAGGAGAUCGCGCUCCCGUCGCAAGAUCUCCUCGCCGAUCAGAGCGACGGCGACGCAGCCGGCGUCAAGGCAGCCAUGGCCGUCGGGCCUGCAGGCAACGACAUGGCCGGCUUGAACCCCACUAUGGUCGUCGGGCCAGGGAACGGCAUGGCCGAGGGCGCGAACGCCAGCAUGGGCGUCGCCGGCGCCGGCAACAACUGGAUCGUGUGGACGUCGGGCGUGCAGGACCUGGUUUCCUUCGCCAAGUGCGACGUGUUCAACGGGAGGUGGGUGAGGGACGAGAGCUACGGGUUCUACCCGCCCAAGUCGUGCGCGCUCAUCGACGACGACUUCAACUGCCACAAGAACGGCCGGCCGGACAGCGACUUCCUCAAGUGGCGGUGGCAGCCGCACGGCUGCGACAUUCCCAGGCUGAACGCGAGUGAAUUCCUGGAGAGGCUGAGGGGGCAGAGGAUCAUAUUCGUCGGCGACUCGCUGAACCGGAACAUGUGGGAGUCACUGGUCUGCAUCCUUCGCCAUGCCGUCAGGGACAAGAGGAGCGUGUACGAGGCGUCAGGGAAGAACCAGUUCAAGACCAGAGGAUACUACUCCUUCAAAUUCAGGGAGUACAACUGCUCGGUUGAUUUCAUAAGAUCGAUAUUCCUCGUCAAGGAGAUGAUCCGUGAGGGCGUAAACGGUACUGAAGACGCAAAGCUGAAACUGGACGAGCUAGAUGUGACGACUCCGGCGUACCGGAGUGCGGACAUCAUCGUCUUCAACACCGGUCACUGGUGGACUCACUACAAAACGUCAAGAGGGCUGAACUACUACCAAGAGGGCAACCAUGUGUACCACAGCCUUGAGGUUUUGGAUGCAUACAAGAGAGCUCUGACCACCUGGGCUAGAUGGGUCGACAAGAACAUCGAUUCGAGAAGAACUCAGGUUGUAUUCAGAGGAUAUUCACUAUCACAUUUCAGGGGAGGGCAGUGGAACUCAGGAGGGAGAUGCCACACGGAGACAGAGCCAAUCUUCAACCAGACAUACCUUACUGAGUACCCUGAGAAGAUGGUAAUCCUGGAGCAGGUCCUGAGGCAGAUGAAAACUCCCGUGAUAUACCUCAACAUCAGCACACUGACUGAUUACCGAAAAGAUGGCCAUCCAUCAGCGUACCGAAGAUGGUACGAUACAGAGGAGGAACGGAUAGCAGCGGUGAAAAAGCAGGACUGCAGCCACUGGUGCUUGCCUGGCGUGCCAGAUACGUGGAAUGAACUACUGUAUGCUUCGCUGCUCCAGGCAGGCAAAGGUUCCUGGAAGUUGUGAGAUGAUGGUUACAGACAUUAGGCUUCAUCUCUGCAUGACAAUGCAGAGAAAACAAUCACGAAGCUCCGGAGCUGUAGUUAUAAUUGGAUAGAAUUGCAAAUCUUGCGUUUGCAGUAGACCCAUUACUAGGACAAAAUAAUCAUCACGUGAAGGAUAACUUUUUAGAAAGUU